AUGUUCAAAUUCGCCGUUGUCAUCUUCGCCGUCAUUGCUUGUGCUGCUGCCAAGCCUGGUUUGGUUACUCCUUUGUCCUACACCGCACCCGCUGCCGUGGUUGCUACUGCCCCAGCUCCAUUUGUCACCGCCACCAGUAGCCAAUAUGUUGCCCGUAACUACAAUGGUAUUGCUACUGCUCCAGUUGUUGCUCCCGUUGCUACCCCUGUUGUUGCCAAAACUGUUGCUGCUUCCAUUGUUGCCAAGACCUUCGCUGCUCCAGUAGCUGCUGCCUACACCACACCUGUUGCUGCCGCCUAUACUGCCCCAGUUGUUGCCAAAUACGCCGCUACUUAUGCUGCUCCAUUCGCUUACUCUGCUCCAUUUGCUUACUCUGCUCCAUUGAACUAUGCUGCUGCUCCAGCUCCAGUUUUGUUGUAA